CCUUGAUCAAAUCGCCCCAGGCGCCCUGUUUUCACCGUCGUCCAACAUAAGGCCCUAUAUGCUAAAACCUAAAGGCUGCGCCUGCAAUUUUUGAGCUUAUUUGAUUUUUUAAAAGGAUACCAAUUUUUCGUUUUUCAGUUUGAAACUUACCAACACCAUUUUCCUGAAAAUCGGGAUGAAAAGCAACCAAUAUUGAUAUCGCUGCAUAAGCUGAGGUUGAGCUGAGGGAACCAGGAAGCAAGUGAUGACGUGGCUGCUGCGCGUGGCGGGGCUGUGGUCUGUGGGUGACCUGUCUGGUGGCUCCCCCUGCAGGCGAUGACGUGGCCGCUGCGCGUGGCGGGGCUCCGCUCGCCGGGCCCGGUACCGGCCGGCUGGCUGGGCCGCCGCUGGUGGCGCCGCCGCUGCACCGCCGCCUCUGCGGCCGCCGCCGACAGCGAGCUGUUCCACCCGGGCGAGCGGCCGGCCGCCGACCUCGACUGGCCCUACCUGCUCUGCGCCCAGAACGCCGCCGCCAUCGCCGCCGACGUGCAGCGCCGCAAGGGCGUCGGCGACGUGCGCCGCGUGCAGCAGCUGCACGCGCAGUACCGGACCGCGCCGCCGGCCGGCCGGGCCGAGCUGCUGCGCCAGCUCAGUGAGGAGGCGCUGCGGCUGCCCAACCGCACCCGGCCCGACCGGCCCGGCGCCGAGCCGCAGCAGAUGGUCCCCGUCAAAACCGUCGGCCAGAAGCCCCACUUCGACUUCCCCGUGAAGGACUUCCGGCACCGCGCCGAGAAGCUCAACAUGUUCAGGAUGGAGAACCUGGGCCUGCUGACCGGCAGCAGGACGUAUUACCUGAAGCACGAGCUGGCCGAGCUGGAGGCGGCGCUGGUGAGCUUCGCGCUGCGCCGGCUGCUCUCGGCCGGCUUCCAGCUGGUGUCGGUGCCCGAUCUGCUCAACAGCUCCGUCCUGGAGGCGUGCGGUGUGUCCGUGCACGGUGACAGGACCAUGGUAUAUUCUCUGGACGAGGCGCAUCACGGCGACGUGUGCCUCUCGGGGACGGCCGAGAUGGCACUGGGAGCUCUGGUGUCCGGCCGCCGGCUGCCUGCCGACCGGCUGCCGCUCCGGCUAGCCGCCGUCUCGCGCUGUUUCCGACCAGAGGUCUCCAACCUGGAGAGCGAGGCGGGCAUCUACAGGGUCCACCAGUUCACUAAGGUGGAGAUGUUCGGCGUGUGUGCGGCAGAUACGGCCGUGUCCGGCGCCCUCCUCGACGAGUUUGUCGCCAUCCAGGAGAGUAUCUUCACUGACCUCGGACUGCACUUUAUCGUCUACGAUAUGCCGCCGCACGAACUGGGCGCGCCGGCCUACCGCAAGUACGACAUCGAGGCGUGGAUGCCGGGCCGGCGGAUGUACGGCGAGGUGAGCAGUGCCAGCGACUGCACAGACUACCAGAGCCGGCGGCUGGCGGUGCGCGACUGCGCCGGCCGCCGGCUGCACACAGUGAACGGCACGGCCUGCGCGGCGCCGCGCACCCUGCUCGCCCUGGUCGAGACCGGACAGCAGCGCGACGGCACGGUGGCCGUGCCGCCGGCCCUGCGGCCGCUCCUCGGCGGGAGAGAGGUGCUGCGACCGCGCGCCGGCCGCGCUCAGUGGCUCAAGGGCCACCAGCUGCGACUGGCCGCCGACUGACAGGUCAUAUCACCGGCUGCGUCUGGUCAGCCACCAGCCGCUGAGUGACGGAUCAGCUCACCGGCCUUUGACAGGUCAGGUCACUAACUGCGGCUGGCUGCCGAGUGACGGGUCAGGUCACCGGCCGCGCUCAGUGGCUCAAAGGCCACCAGCUGCGACUGGCCGCCGACUGACGCGUCAGCUCUGACCGGCCGCGCACGGCUCAGUCGCUACCAGGUCACUGGCUGCCCAGUGACGGGUGACGGGUCAGGUCACCGGCCGCGCUCAGUGGCUCAAAGGCCACCAGCUGCGACUGGCCGCUGACUAAUGGGCCAGGUCACCGUCGGAUCAAGUCACCGGCCGCGCCCUUUGGCUCAAGGACCGCCAGUUGCAGCCGGCUGUCGAGCGGGAUGCGGGACGGCGCUGGGCAGGGACGGAUGAGUGUCUCUAGUUGGCUUGUAAUGUUAUGCAAUAUGAUGAGAUGCAAUAGUGAUGUUAGUGAUGUAUUUAUAGUCACCGUGAGUGAUGUAACUGUGAUCCUGGCGUGUCUUUAUGUCAGUUUCUGGCCGUACAGCUUGUUGAUUCGUUACCUCGUUAUCACGGUAUAUAAAUUGUAUACGGUAUGC